AUGGUGUAUUGUGUCCUUUUCACGGCGACGCUGCGGGAGGCCGCGAAGGAGCCGGCCUUCCUCCAGGCCUUCAGGCAAAUGCAGCAGCACUGCCAGGAACACGAGCCUGGCACCCUCACCUAUGAGUUGUGCCGCGAUGACGAAAACCCACUGCGCUUCUAUGUGGUGGAGCGCUACAUGUCGCGUGAGGACUUCGAGGAGGGGCACAUGAGCAAUGCCACCCUCACCGCAUUUCUUGCGCACCUACAGGAGAAGGAUCUGGCGGAGACGUCUCUGGUGAAGAUGUCAAGCCAUGGCCUUCCAGCGCAGCUUCACGCGAUUCCCGCCAACACCAACGUGUUGCAGGUUCGCCCGCCCGUGUCGGAUCCGCCAUUACGGCAGCAAAAGGGUGUCCUCGUCUUCUGCGGCUCCUCCUCGGGGGUGCGGCCCAGCUACACGGCGGAGGCGGAGGCGCUUGGUAAGUAUCUUGCCGUGAAUGCCAAACUGCCGCUUGUGUACGGCGGUGGCACGAAGGGUCUAAUGGGCGCCGUUGCGCGGGCGACGAAACAGCACGGUGGCAAGGUCAUUGCGGUGCUUCCAUACGCCCUGCGCCCUCGCGAGGCGGAAGGGACGCUCAUCGGUGAUGUUGUGUACAUGACGGAAACCAUGAGCGAGCGCAAGAGCAUCAUGUUCGCCCACUCCAGCGCCGUGGUGACGCUGCCGGGUGGGAUGGGGACCUUUGACGAGUUGCUGGAAGUGUUGACACUCCUUCUGAUCAAUGCCCACCGGACGAAGAUUGGCUUUGUGAACGUUGACGGGUACUUUGAGCCGCUCUUUGCGUGCGUGCGGAACAUGAUACAAGAGGGCUUUGUGGAGGCUAAGUGCAUGGACGCGUUUGUGGUGCGUCCCACGGCGGUGGAGCUGAUGCAGGCGCUGGAGUCGUUCCAGCCGCCGCCGACUGCCUCACUGGAGUGGUACGUACGCCCGUAA